AUGAAAUCUAAAUAUAAGAUUUUAAUCUUUUUAUUUUUAUUAAUAAUUGUUAUUAAAAGUGAAAUAAAUUCAUUAUUUUCAAUUUCUGAACAAAUUGAUAAUGAAUUUGAAAAUUCAUUUAAUAAUCAAAAUCUUCAAUUGAUUGGAGAUGAAAAAAGUGAAAAAUUUAUUUUUGUGGAUACAAAUAAUGGAUUGGAUUCAAAUUUUGGUACAAUUAAAAGCCCAUUUAAAAAUUUAGAAUAUUCAAUUUCAUAUUUAAAAUCAUUAAAAUUAAAAAAUGAAAAAAUAUCAAUAAUACUAUCAAAAGGAGAAUAUAUAUUAAAAUCAACAAUUUCAAUUGAUAAUAAUCCGAUUUCAAUAUUUGGAGGUUACUAUGGUUUACCAAAUUGGAAAAGAGAAUAUAUUGAUCAAAUCCCUUUUACAUCUGGAACUAUUAUUAAAUGUAAAAAACCAAUUGCAUUUAAUAUAACUGGUAAUAAUAGAAACAUUGUAUUAUCACAUCUUUCAAUUUAUUCAAAUGAUUCACCUUCAAUUUCUGAUCAAUCGUCAAUGGCAUUUGAAGAGACACCAUCAUCCUAUGGUAUAUUAAUUUCAAAAAGUGAAAAUGUAACAUUAAGAUUUUUAAGAAUUGAAUCUGGUGAUGGUGCAAAUGGUUUAACUUUACAAUCAUUUCAGAGUUCUAAUAAAUAUAAUGGUAAAAAUGGUAAAGAUGGUAAUAGUGGCUGUGAAGGUGAUGGUGCAGUCACUUUUGGAAAUGAUGAUAUAGACUGUGGAGGUUGCAAAAUUCCAAAACCUGGAAAUGGAGGAUCAUCUGGUAUUUGUGACAAUCAUUAUUCUCAAAAAAAUUAUUUAUCAGCGGGUGGUAAAGGUGGUAGACCAGGACGGGGAAGAGAAUAUGGUGAAAAUGGUUUAAAUGGUACCAAUGGGGGAGGGGUUGGUGGUCAGGGAAUAGCUUCAGACUCAUUCACUGUAAAUCCUUUAUCAUUUGGUAUUGAUGGAGAUAAUGGUGAAAAUGGUGUAAAUUCAAAAUUAACAAAAGUUCAAUUAACAUAUAAAGGUUUACUAUCGAUUAAAAUAAAAGCAACUGAUGGUAAAAAUGGUAAAGGUGGUGGUGGAGGAGGUGGUGGUGGCGGAUCAUUUAAUAAUCAAUGUUUAGUUUUUGGUGGAUCAGGUGGUGGAGGAGGUGGCGGUGGUUGUGGUGGUAGAGCUGGAAAGAAUGGAGGUGAUGGUGGUAGUUCAAUUGGUAUUUAUAUAUUUAAAUCUAAUGGUACUAUUAUCCAAUUUUGUAAUAUCAUCUCUGGUAAUGGAGGUGAUGGUGGAAAUUCAACUCAACCAGAACUUGGAUACUCUGGAGGUGAAGGUGGUAAACCAUUCAUUAAUGAUAACUUUUCAAUUGACAUGCCAUUGGGUGGUCAGGGUGGCAAUGGUGGUAACGGUGGUAAAGGUGGAUUUGGGUCAGGUGGUCAAGGAGGUGUAUCCUUACCAUUAAUGUCGGUAAUCUCCAAAGUUGAGCUAAAUCAAUGUAAUCAAUAUUUUAGUGGUAACAAAGGUAAUGGUGGUUUAUCAGGCCUAAUUAGCUUAAAUGGUAAAAUGGGAUUUUCUGGAACAUGUUUCCCAACAUCAUUGAAUUGUAAUGAUGAUACUCCAUCUAUAAUACAAUGUAUUUCUCAAUUGGUAAAAUUAUCAACAGCAUGUGAAUUUGGUGAAGUUAGAGAUCAAUGUAAUGUAUGUGGCGGAAAUGGUACUCUCUGUGAAUCUAAUAUCGGAUGUGAUGGAAUAUUCGAAAGUAAAAAGAAAUUUGAUUUAUGUGGUGUAUGUGGUGGUAAAAAUGAUAGCUGUUUAAUUGGUUGUGAUGGUAUUGUAAAUUCAACAGUUAUUUUUGAUUUAUGUGGUGUUUGUGGUGGUAAUAAUGAUAGCUGUUUAAUUGCUUGUGAUGGAAUUGUAAACUCAACAUUAAUAUAUGAUGUUUGUGGCAUUUGUGGUGGUGAUAAUAGUACAUGUUUUAUUGGUUGUGAUGGAAUUGUAAACUCAACGAUAAAAUUUGAUUUAUGUGGAGUAUGUGGUGGUAAUAAUGAUACUUGUUUAAUUGGAUGUGAUGGAGUUCUAAAUUCAACAAAAACCAUUGAUUUAUGUGGUAUUUGUGGUGGAGAUGGUACAAAUUGUUUCUCUAAAAAAGAAUUAAAAAGAAUGAAAACCUCUACAAAAAUAAUAAUAUCAUUAGUUAUAAUAACAGCCUCAUUUUAUGGUGGUGCAGUAGCGAUUUAUUUCAUUCGUAGAAAAUUAUCAUCCAAUUCCUCUUCCUCCUCUUCAAUUUUAGGUAAUGAUAGGGAUGGUGGUAGUGGAUCACAAUACUAUAGAACAAAAUUAAUAUUAGAGUAUCAAGACUCACCAAUUAUUCAAACUGAAUUAAUUAAAAAAGCAAAUAAUAACUAUCAACACUAUCUAAAUUAUGAUAUAAAUAAUAACAUUAAUAAUAUUCCAAAUGGUAAUAAUAUUUUUUCAAAUUUCAAUUUCUUUUCACCGACAAACUUACCCUCCAUAUCAAAUAAAUUUAAGAAUUUUAAUGAUUACUCAAAAUUUAGAGAUGAAGUAAAUGAAACUGAACUUGGUGAAUUAAAUUUAUCAUCAUCUUCAAUAUCUUAUCCAAUAAUUGAUAAUGAUGAUUUUAUUUAUGAUAAUCAAAAUAAUAUUAAUAAUAAUAAUUUUAAUCAAUAUGAUAAUAAUAAUUUAUUAAAUAAUUAUUUAAAUAAUAAUUUUAAUAAUAAUAAUUUUAAUAAUAAUUUUAAUAAUAAUAAUAAUAAUAAAAUAAAUAAUAAUAAUAAUAAUAAUAAUAAUAAUAAUAAUAAUAAUAAUAAUUUUUUAAAUAAUAAUAAUAAUAAUAAUAAUAAUAAUAAUAAUAAUAAUAAUAAUAAUAAUAAUAAUUUUUUAAAUAAUAAUUUUAAUCAAUUUUAUAGUGGAAAUUUAAAUGGAGGUUACAAUUAUUAUUUGGAUGGGAAUGAAAGAAACAAUAAUUUAUUUGUGUCAAGCCACACAAAUCUUUGA